AGUUAAAAGGGUCUGAAAAAUGAAAAAGGCUUCAAUUUGGGUGGCGUUAGUCAAAAGUUUUAUGAACAUGAAUAAAUAAUGCUAUUAUCAUGUGAAUGCGCAAUUACAACGCGGGAAAGGUAUCAGUGAUUCUCACAAGUUUGACCCAACACGACACCAUCACCAUCAUCAUCAUAUUAAUAUAUUCCCUAUUUUAUAUUUUUUUAUCACCAUCAUCAUCAUCAUCAAACCCUUUUUUAUCCUCAGAACAAACAUCAUAGGACUCUGUUUGUAGCCAUGUUCUGAACAUAAACGUUUACUUUUUGCAAAUCAACAAUGUAUUCGAAGGUGAAAUUAAGACAGGAACAACAUCAUGAUGAUGAUGAUCAGGAAGAUGAAGGACGAGACCUUGGUUUGAAAGCUUUCCUCUCUCUAUCCUUCCUCUCUCCUACUUCUCCUGUAAAGGACCAUAAAGUUGUCUCUGUGCCAUCUAUUGUCAAAGUACCAGAGUGUUAUGUGCCACAAGUAAUAAUUCCACGAGUAUCUCUAACCGAAGAUUUUGGCGACUGCAGUUUGCCAUCCGAUUCCUCAGGUUCUGCAGAACUAGAGAAGGAUGAAGAUACUGAUGAAAGUAAAGUCUAUAUUAGAGCCGAUUUGAUUCCACGAGUACCUGUUGCUAAUGAAGCUUUUAGGAACAGCGUUUUGACAUCCGAUUUGUCAGGACAUGGAGGACUAGAGAAGGAUAGGGGUCCUGAGAAGGAUGACAAUACUGAGGAUGAGAAUAUAAUGAACAUUAGAGCCAGUUCAAUUCCACGCCCUCGUGCUGUCAUUUCUAGUCCUGAGAAUGACCAUAUGAUCGGGAACAGAAACAAGAUUGGAAAGGGAAGACUUCCUGCUUCGAAGAAUAGUACUGUUUCACCAAAUAGACAUGCUCUUGCUCAAUGUAAAGUUAAACCACACGACACUACUGAUAUUCCUCCGGAUGCAAGAAAAUGCGCAGAGCCUAAGUUUAAAGAUAAAAUCGAUACUGCAGGAAAGAAAAAAGUUCUUAAAGGUAGCAUAAAAUCUGAUAAUUUACAUAGGCACUGGAAGUUUUAGUUCCAAUGUAUCAUGAUCUUAAUCUAGGACUAGGUAUCCUCCGAAGGAAAAAGGAAAGAAUAAGAUAGUUGUGCAUGUUUUGAUGACAUGCUUAACACUUCAGCAUCAUCAAUUUUCAAUGUAUACUUGUGUGCUGUGUGAAUGUAAGAUUACUAUGCAACAGACCAAUGUCUGAGGUAUUGUAUAUCUUCCUUUUCUUUUGCUUCAUAUUUGAGCUCUUUUUUUGUAAGAUUAUUUUAGGCAAUAGAGUUUGAUAUCUGUUAUCAUACUAGUUAGGAACCCGUGCAACGCACGGGCGAUGACGAUUGUAUUAUCCGAUUAAAUACAAUACUUAGACAACUGGUUGUUAAUAUUACACAACCAUAUAAAAAACACAUAUAAUAAUAUUAUUGUUAUUAUUGUUAA